AAUAAUAUAAUAUAAUUAAUAUAAAGUUUAAAUUGAGUACCUACCGUAAACCGUACUAGAAAGUAAAACUGUCUAGUAUUAUAAAAAACCUAAUUAGUAAGAGUAUCACAGAAAAGUUGAACUAUGAAAGCAUUAAUACAGCGCGUUAUGAAUGCUAAAGUUACCGUAAAUGGUGAAGUUGUUAGUAAUAUAGAGCAAGGGUUAUGUGUUCUAAUCGGAAUUUCCAAGAAUGAUAACUUGAUGGAUAUGGAAUACAUUGACAAACGAUGGAGCAAGAGUGUGGUAGACAAGGAUUACGAAGUGCUGUGUGUUAGUCAAUUCACCUUGUACAAUACUUGGAAGGGUAACAAGCCAGACUUUCAUAAUGCAAUGGCAGGUGAUGAGUCUAAAAAGUUUUAUGAACAGUUUAUAGAAGUGUUAAAAAAAAGUUACAAGCCGGAGAAAAUUAAAGACGGAGUAUUCGGGGCGUAUAUGCAAGUAUCCAUUGAAAACGAUGGCCCUGUCACAGUGAGCAUAGAUUCGCCGGUCAGGGACGAGAAAACUCUCCCCAAGGAAAAUUCUAGGAACUCGCAGAAGGUUAAAGUGAUUACAAAUUGUGAGGGAGAUCUACAAUCUUAGUAAUGUUGUAAGUUAUUGCAUAUUUUAUGUAGACAAGAAAAAUAUAUUUAUAUUCAACUACCUAUUAACUUUUUAUGACAACGCAAAAUUCAACACAGAUGACUUUACAGUCAAGUAGAUGGUUAAUUCUAACUGAGAUCUAUGCUGGCUGUAGAGAGGAUAG